UUCGUUGUCUCCAUAAGAGGAAUAACAUGGGCAACUGUCCCCGAAAUUUUCUAUACCCUUCCUCCUUUUUUUGAGGUGCUACACCUACUUAUCCUGCCAUCCAGUGGGGCUUUCAAUCCCUAACUUUGCUUUCAGUACAGCUUGCAGCUUCUCUGUAACCGCCAAUCCGCCAUUGCCCAAGUUUGUGGCGUCCUGAUGGUACAAUCGACGAUGUAUAUAAUAUGGCGUUAAAACAAAAUAAGAAGAUACGUGGUGCCUACUGUUUCAUUUGUGGCGUAAUCGCCGAUAAAGAAAACCAAGACGGAAAUAGAUUUGGACGUUUUGUAACUACCGACAAGAGGUUAUUGGAGUGGAAGAAAGCAAUUUCUAAACCUGGAUUAAAGAUUGGCUCUCCCAUUUGUGGUCGGCAUUUUGAUGUCGAUGAUAUAGUAAAGGGUAGAGAAAUAGGCGGAAUUUUCCAUCCCUUCAAGGUCUGGAAAUUAAAAGACUUAGCAGUUCCAAAAUACUGUACUUCUGCCAGUGCCAAUAAACGUAAUCCAUUUGCUGAAUGCAACAAUGAAAAACAACAAGGGAAGCUAAGCACUGUUGGCAAAUCAUUCUCUGACACUUGCAAUCGAAGUGACUCUGUAGCUGCAGAUACUGGUUGCUUUCAGAUGCAUCGACAGCAAACUUACCAUGCCAAACAACAUCAGUCGGAUCCUGUAAAUCAGCUGAAAUUAUGUGAGCCUGAGGUCCCAGUUGACAACGUGAUACCUAAUGAGACCACCGCUGUGGUAGUAAACAAUGUUUGUGCCAUGGAAUUUACAUUACCAUCAAGUUCUGCCAUGACAGACUAUAUAGCCACAGAUGUUGGAGACUGCAUAACUUCUCGACAGCAAACUGUAAAUGUUUCUCAGCCCCAGUCCAUGUCUGGCGAAACUAGUAUAUUACAUGAGCAAGAGCUGCCUCUUCAAAACGAGCAAACAACCAGUUUUGACUUUCAUUCCUUGACACGUAUUGUUAAACUACCCGAUAACUGGCGUUGGGACGCUGUCAACAAAAGCUGCUACACCACGAUUACUAGUGGAAAUGAUUUUGUCCAUAAAAUUGUCUUAAUAACGAGCGAUCACCUUGAUUUCUUCAUUAACGGAAGAAAAGUAACAUUCCCAUUUCUGAUAAACAGCGGAACAUGGCAAGCUUUUGAUUUGCAGAGAGCAAUUCAUGAAUUUCAUGGCAAAUAUCCCUGUUGUGGAAUUUUGGAUCUUUCCUUAUAUACCACUACAAGAACCUUCUCUGUAAGUGAAUUUCGCUCAUCGGAAUGUCGAUCUGUAUCCAACACGGAAGACAAGCAAUGUAGCAAGUGCCGAGUACACGAAGGCAAACUUAAAAGUCUAAAGGUAGUUCAAUCUGAAAAGGUUACUACUCUAACAAAGAGACUAAAAGCUAAACAAAGACAGUUUCAACGGUACAAUUAUUACGCAAAGAAUGCUGCAUUAACAGUCAACAAUCUAAGGCGAAGCAUUAAUGCACUAACGCAAAAUCAACUUUCUGAAAAAAUUCGAUGUCUACCUCAGCAGCAACAGUCCGUUAUACGGACAUUUUUUGCACAUGGAAAAGCCUUGAAGAAAGAAAAGCAUGGCAAAGGAAUGCGAUAUGAGGCCUCUUUUCUCCUGGAAGCACUAAUGUUAAAGAUGAAGAACAAUGCAGCAUACAAGCAUCUAAGAAACAACAAGAUGCUUCCGCUCCCUGCACCGUCUACGAUUAGGAAGCUUAUAAGUUCAUCCGAUUGCCAUUUCGGUAUGGAUGAAUUGGCCCUAAGGUCAUAAGAAGCUGUCCACCGUUAUGUAAACCUACACCAAAUAAGUUAAGAUUAAUACAUGGAAAAAUUACACAGAGAAAA